AAAACGCUGCGUUUAACCAAAAUGAACCUGGACGUUAUAUUUAACCAAACGAAAGAGGAAAAACAAUCUUUUAAUUGAUCCAAAAAAAAAAAAGGAGGAAAAAACAAAAGUGAUGAAUAAUAUAAUAAUAAUAAUAAGACUGGAAACCAAAUCAAGCGUUAGUAACUGAACGAUGGGAGGCCAAACUGGAUGCGACGCGAGCCAAGCUCCUCCUUCUUGGUUUUCUCAGUGUUGGUCCUCAGCUCGCAGAACCAAACCCUUAAAUUCUCCUUUCGAUACUCUCGUCCAUACAAAUCCCUCCGAUGGACUCUCUCGCCGUCUCAGUCUCUUCGAUCUCCUCCUCCUCGGUGUCGGUGCUUCCAUCGGCGCCGGUAUCUUCGUCGUCACCGGUACCGUCGCUCGCGAUGCUGGUCCUGGAGUUACGAUUAGUUUUAUACUAGCAGGAGUAUCAUGUAUAUUAAAUGCGCUUUGUUAUGCUGAGUUAGCUUCACGUUUUCCUGCGGUUGUUGGAGGAGCAUACUUGUACACGUAUUCAGCUUUUAAUGAAAUUACUGCUUUCCUUGUAUUCGGCCAACUCAUGCUUGAUUAUCACAUUGGGGCUGCUAGUAUUGCACGGAGUUUAGCGAGUUAUUUAGUUACUAUUUUAGAGAUGUUUCCCGUUUUUAAAGAUCAUAUUCCAAGCUGGAUUGGACAUGGCGGUCAAGAAUUCUUUGGGGGAACACUUUCUAUUAAUAUCUUAGCACCGAUUCUCCUUGCUCUUCUAACUGUAGUUCUAUGUUGGGGUGUUGGCGAAUCUUCGAUCUUGAACUCUUUCAUGACCGUGACAAAGGUUGUCAUUGUUAUUAUUGUCAUCUUUGUCGGUUCUUUCGAGGUUGAUGUUUCAAAUUGGUCCCCUUUUGCCCCAAAGGGUGUUAAAGCGAUUUUGACUGGAGCAACUGUAGUGUUUUUUGCAUAUGUUGGUUUUGAUGCAGUCGCAAAUUCAGCUGAAGAAGCAAAGAGACCACAGCAGGAUUUGCCACUUGGCAUUAUAGGAAGUCUUGUUAUAUGCAUCGUAUUGUAUAUUGGGGUUUGUUUAGUGCUCACUGGGAUGGUACCUUACACUUUACUUGGAGAAGAUGCUCCUUUGGCUGAAGCUUUUACAUCAAAGGGCCUGAAGUAUGUUUCUAUUUUAAUCAGCAUAGGUGCUGUUGCAGGACUUACAACCACUCUUUUAGUUGGUCUUUAUGUUCAGUCUCGGUUAUACCUGGGCCUUGGAAGGGAUGGAUUACUGCCUUCUAUAUUUGCUAAAGUACACCCUUCACAGCACACUCCUAUUCAUUCUCAAGUUUGGGUUGGUAGUGUUGCUGCCAUUUUGGGGGGAUUAUUUAAUGUCCAUGUGCUCUCACACAUUCUUUCAGUCGGCUCAUUGACAGGCUAUUCUGUUGUCUCAGCUUGUGUUGUGACUCUUCGCUGGAAGGAUAAGGCAGUGAGUCAUGUUUCUUCAAGAUGGACUUCAGCCUGGCAGGAAGGAGUCAUCUGCCUCAUCAUAGUUGCCUGCUGUGGCUUCUCUUCUGGGCUGAUGUAUCGCUAUGGUGCUUCAUUUAUUUUUCUGGCUGUAGCAGUGUUUAUUGCAGUACUUGCUGCCUCAGCUCUUUAUUUCCGCCAAGUUUACACUGAUCCUCCUGGGUUUUCUUGUCCUUGGGUUCCAAUUGUGCCAGCCGUUAGCAUCUUUUUCAACAUGUUCUUGUUUGCUCAGUUGCACCAUGAAGCAUGGGUGAGAUUUGUUGUCCUCAGUAUCACCAUGGUAGGGAUUUAUGCAUUUUAUGGGCAGUAUCAUGCUAAAGCAGUUUCAGACGAGAUAGUUGUUUAUCGGAGAGCUCCUGCAGAAGCCAUUAAUUAAAUGCUUGUUAGAUGAUGAUGAUGAUGAAUUGGGCCUCUUGUUGGCCGCAGUAAUUGCUAUAUGAUAUUAUGUUACCGUGUACAUUUGUAUAAAUUAUUUGUAAAAAAAAAAAAAAAAAUCCGCUUUUAGAAACGAAGCUAUCUUGAAAUUUGAUCGUUAAGGUGAGGGCAUUUAA